GAUGCAGUCAUCUGAGCGUGAGGGGUGUGGGCCCGAGGCCAGCCCCAGCGUGAUGCCUGAGGCUCCUCUGGAGACUCCACCUGCUCCUGCCAAGUCCCCUGCCAAGUCCCCGACGUUUGAUCUUUUCAACUUGGUUCUGUCCUACAAGAGGCUGGAGAUCUACCUGGAACCCCUGAAGGACGCAGGUGAUGGUGUCCGGUACUUGCUCAGGUGGCAGACGCCUUUGUGUUCCUUGCUGACCUGCCUGGGCCUCAACGUCUUGUUCCUCACCUUGAAUGAGGGUGCGUGGUACUCAGUGGGUGCCUUGGUGAUUUCAGUGCCCGCCCUUCUGGGCUACCUGCAGGAGGUCUGCCGGGCACGGCUGCCGGAGUCUGAGCUCAUGCGGAGGAAGUAUCAUAGCGUGAGGCAGGAGGACCUGCAGAGAGUUCGCCUGUCUCGCCCCGAGGCUGUGGCCGAGGUGAAGUGCUUCUUGAUCCAGCUGGAGGCCUUCCUGCGCCGCCUGUGCUGCACCUGUGAAGCCGCCUACCGGGUGCUGCGCUGGGAGAACCCCACCGUGUCCUCACAGUUCUACGGAGCUCUCCUGGCCACAGUUUGCAUGCUGUAUCUGCUGCCACGUGGAGUUCUUCCGAGCACCACUCAUUCCAUCCUGUUUCUGCCUCCCAUCCCACUCUUGUUGCCCUGAGUAGUGGUGUCUGAGUACAGGGCAUGUCUGCAGCGGCGGAUGAAAUCCAGCCAGGAAGAGGGUACCUUCCAGAGCCCACCGUCCCCGGAUGCUGGAGGGAAGGGCGUUCUGCCAGACUGCACGCCUACGCCCACACCCACAGAGGACCUCACGCCAGGCAGCGUGGAGGAGGCCGAGGAGGCUGAGCCUGAUGAGGAAUUUAAAGAUGCGAUUGAGGAGACCCACUUGGUGGUGCUGGAGGAGGAUGAGGGUGCCCCGUGCCCGGUAGAGGACGAGCUGGCCCUGCACGACAACGGGUUCCUGAGCAAGAAUGAAGUGCUGCGCAGCAAGGUGUCGCGGCUCACAGAGCGGCUCCGCAAGCGGUACCCCACCAACAACUUCGGGAGCUGUACAGGCUGCUCGGCCACCUUCUCAGUGCUGAAGAAGAGGCGGAGCUGCAGUAACUGUGGGAAUAGCUUCUGCUCCCGGUGCUGCUCCUUCAAGGUGCCCAAGUCUUCCAUGGGGGCCACAGCCCCUGAAGCCCAGAGAGAGACUGUGUUUGUGUGUGCUUCGUGUAACCAGACCUUGAACAAGUGAGAAGAGGGGACAGGAUCCGAGCAAGCGCCAGUCCCUGGGCGAGCAGCAGUAGACCCCACUCUCCCUACCCCUAGCCCUGUGUGGCGUGUGCUGGGCAAAUGUGGCCCGAAUGCUAGGUAGGCUUCCCUUCUCUGCCCUUGCUGUCUCCAGCUGGGUUCUGGAGCUGUUCCCCACUCCUGCAGAUGGUCAACAGAGGGGAGAGGAGCCCCUAGGGGGUCUGAUAUGUUUGCCUUGCUCUGUCCUGGGCUGUUAGUGGACUUUGGCCUGGGCAGGGAAUAUAAGCUAGAGGGCAGAAGAGAGCCACUCCUGGUCUCCAUUGGGGUCUCUGAGGAUCAGGGAGGCUCUCCAAAGCUGGGAAUACUCUGAGACCGGAGAUCAGAAACUGGGAAAAGAGAUUCCUCCUCCCGUGGGGUCCUGGGCCAAGACGUUUGCCUCAAGAGUCUGCGCAGGCUUGGGAGUGCCAUGCCCCAGCUCUGCUGUGUGAAUGUCCCUCCAGGCACCAGGAUCUUAUUAUUUGCCCACCAACACUUUUAGGCUAACAUGACCAAAAGUGUUUCUAGAAACAGGGUUGAAGUUCCGAAGUUCCCCCAGAGGAGGCUGUGAGUAGGAGGGCCUGGCAGAGUCCUUGUAUUAAUCAGAGCAAAACGUAGGAGUCCCAGCAGCUCAAAGGACCUCAGCCCCACGUUGCAGAAAUCUUGACGUGCAGAAUCUCAGCUCACAGCUGCCCUCAGCCCUGGUGGGUAGAUGCCAGGCACUCCGAUCACUUCUGCUCCCACUGCUCAGAGCCUUGGGCACCCCUCCUCUGGCUCAGAGCUGCAUUUCCCCUCCCCAGCACCUCGUCCCAUGUAGUGUGAGACCGGAGCAGAGGUCCUGAGCCCUUGACCCUCGGGGGCCUGGGAAGCGUGUGAUCUUGCCGAGCUGGGUCCUAGGUUCCAGGCUGUUCUCCAGCAAAACAGCCUUAGUUAUGGGACAAGGCCACUUAGGGUUCCCACCCUCUCUCCAGCAGUUUCACAUGCAUUUAUGUGCUCUCUGGGCUUUGUGUCUCUCUAAGCCAUGAGCGGGCUCAGGCACCCCUUCCCUCCCCUGGAGCUGCCCUGCUUUUUUGAAGUAUUUAUUUAUUUAUUUCCUGGUUCCUGGGAACAUGGCACAGGCAAUGGGCUGAGGAUGGGGACUUUGGCCCUAGGAUGCUUCCCUGGAGUCCUGGGACUCAGAGCCCAUAAGAGGUGGAGAUGUUCCUACACCCUAAGCAGGGACCCAGGAGGCAGGUUGGGGAGGCAAGGACCAUUCUAGACCAGCUUUCUCGCCAGGCCAACAGUCUAGCCUGGGCUGGGAAGACAGGGGCCUGCUCCAGGCCAGUGAGGGGCAAGUCCCUGGGGAACCAGGCAGGCCUUGGUGUCCCCCUUCCUCAGGCUCCUUUGUCCUGUUCAGAGAUGAGCGUUAAGUACCCUGUGCUUUAUUACACUGGAGAGGAACUAAAGGACUUCUGUGUAUAUGGAGAAUUAUCAAUAAAAAGGCCUCAAGCUUCU